AUGAGUAACGAGAAUGGGAAGAAGUUGAAGCCCUUCGAGUUAGUGCUCCAGAAAGAACUCCUGGACCUGGACCCCAUUGACGGCGUCCAACUGCACCAAAUUGAUGAACACAGUUUGAAAGAAAUUGGCAUAUCGGUAACCCCCAAGGAGAGUUAUUUCAGGGGGAAGACGGUCAACUUUGUUAUCCUGUUUAAGGACACCUACCCCAUUGCGCCACCCAAAAUAAAAUGCCACAGCAAGAUAUUCCACCCCAAUAUUGACGACCGCGGGAACGUCUGCUUGAACGUCCUAAAGCUCGAAUGGAACCCCAUAAUAAAUUUGCAAAUGCUGAUCUUGGGAUUGCUGCUCCUGCUAAAUGAACCCUCGACGGAGGACCCCUUCAACCACGCAGCCGCGGAGGUGUUCGCAAGGGAUAAAAAAAAAUUCCAAGAAAUAAACGAUUCGUUAUUUUGA